UUGCCAGACCCUGACCAAUGAAGAGCUGUGAUAGAAAAAGUACGACUGCACGAAAACAAAGAUGGCGUCGGAUGGUGAUGUUGUGUUCAGUCGAGAGCAGGAUGGAAAUGAUUCGGACAUUUGGGAUGACAGUGCCUUGAUACAGGCAUAUGACAGGGCUGUUCAAGCAAUGAAGAUAGCUCUGGACAAUGAUGUAGAGAUAGAUGACUCAAAGGAAAAAGAAGGCGACAGCAUCACAAAUGAAACAGAUGACAAAACGGAAGAAACUGAUGACAAGAAGGAAGAUAUGGGCAACAAAGAGGAAGGAGACAAUGACAAAAACACUGUGACAAAUGACAAAACAGAUUGUAAAGCUGCAGUAGAAGCUGAAGUCUCAAGUUCGUCCACGGUGAAGAAAAAGACAAAAAAGAAGGGAAAAUCCAAAGGAAUUCAUAGGUGGAAGCCAGGAGACCAGUGCAUUGCCAUGUACUCUGAAGACCAGCUGUGGUACCCGGCUGAGAUCCUCUCCAUCAACCCACAGAGAAGAACGUGCCUUGUGAGAUAUACAGACUAUGGUAAUGAGGAGGAACAGAACCUGAAGGACCUGUCCUCCCUGGACCAGGAGGGAGAAUUUGUACAGAUUUACAACGGAAAUACAGCUGUAGAGGAUAGUUCAGAGUCUAGGAAAUGGAGACAGUAUAAAAACUCAGAAGCAGGCGGUGGCCCAUCCCAGUAUGAAUCAUGGUGGAGGGAUUAUCACAAGAAGUAUGGAGGGCACCAGCCUCACUUCCCCCCACCCCCCUCAGGACAGGGUCAUGGCUCACAGCAAAUUCCCCCACCCCCACCAUUCCCCUGGGCGGGGAACAUGCCAGGGUUCCCCAUGUGGCCCCCACGGCCAGGCAGACAGGAAUCACCACUACCACCUCCUCCACUACAGAAGAUGCCACCCCUGCCUCCACCCCCGGCUGUUACAGAUGGUUUAGAAGAUGAUGACUCACUAGCCUGUAUGCUAAUGGCCUGGUACAUGAGUGGCUACCAUACUGGGUAUUACCAGGGUUUGAAAGAUGCCAAGACAGGAGGAAGACCAAGUAGAUUAGGUAGUCAAUCGCCAGGCUCUCAACACUCCAACAGUGCAGGGAGAUGGGGGUGGGAAUAGUCCUACAUGAACUGACAGGCUAGAACGUACAUGUGGUAGGGCUGUAAUCAUAGGACUAGUCAUGCCUCCUAGCAGACAGGAAUGGAAGUGCAGAGCCUUUGUGACAGACAUUGUGAUUUUUGUUUUGUUUGCACAAACUAUGUUAUGUUUGUACAGUUAACCAAUGUUACUCUGUCUUGAAAGUUUAUCUGUGUUAGUAGUCAUCCUGAUGAAGAAAAUUUUGAACUGUAAUUUCCCACACAAAAAUUGGACGUACCCAUUGUACAACCCCAGUCAGUACUGUUGUAAUAAUGUUUGAUAUUUACUUGCACAGAACCCAUUCCAAUGUGACUGUAAGGUUUGGUGCCACCAUGAUGCACAGCAGAAAUGUAGAACCCAUGUCGAUGGUGAAUUUCAUACAACUAGAUGGGCAUGUCAGUUUGUAAGAAUGGACAUGGGAUUCUCAAGCAGUACUGUUCUAAAAAGGGAUAUUAUAUAAACCAAACAUUCUCAGUAUGGUUUGUCUUUGUCUCCAUAGUUGUUGCAAAGGGACACUUUCAAAGAAAGCUUUCAAUUGUCAGUAUUACACCUUGUAUGGUCUUUCAUCUCAACUAUUCUCAACUAUUUCAAGUUAGAUGUCAUUUAGUUUUAAAUCAGAUGAAAAGGGGUACAUGUGCCAUAAUCAACUGAUUGUGUAGCUACUAACUAUAGGAAAAGAGCCAAUCAUGAAACUCUAUAUUUGUAAUAACUAUACUUUCCAACAGUUUUAAUAAAACUGAAAGUCGCUAAGAUCAAA